UAUAAAAACAUCGGUUCUGACCACUCCACAGUUAACAACAAUGUCUUGGUUCCUUGCGAUUAGUUGUGUGUAUAUUGCAGCGGUUACAUUUGUGUCUUGUUCACGACACACACAAGAAUCGCUGUUAGAUCAUCUGGCUAUCGACAACUGCGACAAUCAUGCCGAACAACCAGAAGCCGUUCUAUCCCCAUCGAAUACAGGAGGUUUAAGAUGCGUAACUGCAACUGAUGAAAAAGUGUCUGAUUAUACGUACUUUGAUAAUGUGCGCAUGACCGUUGGAAACACUCCCAUGUACACUGUCUUCCAGGGUUUGUUAGACUUCACUGACAACACUCCACGAUUCUGCUUCGACAAGGACAACACACUUGCUGAGUUUGAUAUUAAUUUUAAAAACAAUAAUCCUCUUGAGACCUCGAGGGUGGAGUUAACUCCCUGUCGUACCGGUGGAUAUUGGACCAAUGGAAAAGUAUUUUGCUCUCCCCCUGAAUGUUCUAAGUAUUUACGUCAACCAAAAAAUGCAGAAUAUUUCGAAGAGGAACUACAUGUGACAAUGAAUAUGAAGGAUGUUUACGAGAUACCAGUAAAUGGACCAAGAGGUGGAGCGUCCCUGAUAAAGUAUGCUAGUGGAAGUGACCAUAGAUUGAUCUACAACAUAACGUCAAACACAACACAAUAUCUGACAACAGAACAGUUCAUUUCAUAUUGUUCAAAGUUUGGUCCCUGUUACAAAGGCGAGUUUCUUGGGAGAACAGAUUUGCUUUAUUUCCAUGGAGGAUGGCCUCCAAUGAUUCUCAAACGACAAGGUGACCAGGUCUUACUCAUCCUGAGAUAUGACCCAAGAAGCUUUGUAUACCCAGAAAAGUCACCUCUGGUCUCAUGCAAGAGAAAAUCAGAAAAUGAUUUUGAAUUAUGCGAAUCUCCUACUGGUUCUUAUUCCUGGAGGAAAAUAUGGAAGGCGCCAUUACCUUACAAAAAGGAAUGGUUAUCAUUACGAUUCUUAACGCGUUGGUCUCACAAGCAGGAUUGUCUCAUCCAAGUUACAGAUACUGAGACACAAGAAGAACUGGUUAACUAUACUGGUCCAUGUGGUAGAUAUGCUGACAUGAAACUUGGAAAUUAUCCGUAUGCAAAGGUCGGUAUUUCAAACAAAGGUCUUAGCGGAUCAGUCAAAAUGAGGUUCCGUGAUGUUAUGUUGACACAAAAAGGACCUGUAACAAAAUGAUGCUUUAGUUUGACAUUAAUCAACGCGUUUGACACAAU